GUUCAAUCCAUAAAAAUAGAACGGAAGUAGACAAAAAAAAAAAAAAAAACAAACAGGAGAGCCAUUGUUUCGUACAUGAAUGAUGUCAAGCUGCCUGUUGUUGCCUGUAUCAAGAGCCCAUUUCCCAUCAAGAAACUUCCAAACAAGCCUAUUCCCACUAGGAAGAGGCACCAAUUGUUUUGGUUUCAACGACAACGGGAGAAAGAAAAGAUUGAAAAGAGAAAGAUCAUCUUGGUGUUGGAGAGGGAUUGUUUGUGGGAUAUUACCAGUGGAUCCAUGGGCACCGACCAUAGACUCUCAGAGCAUAGCAUCACAGCUCUUUGCGGCUUCUCUCCUACCAUAUCUGGGUUUCUUGUAUUUCAUCACCAAAUCAAAAACAUCUCCUAAGCUCACUCUCUUUGGUUUCUACUUCUUGCUCGCCUUUGUGGGGGCCACUAUCCCGGCUGGAAUUUACGCAAAGGUGCAUUACGGAACUUCCUUGUCCAAUGUCGAUUGGCUACAUGGUGGUGCAGAGUCGCUGCUCACUCUCACCAACUUAUUCAUUGUCAUGGGGCUGAGAGAGGCACUGAGGAAGGUUAAAAAUGCAAAAGAGAGCCCAUCUAAAUUUGACUCAGACAUGAAAGAGGAGAAGCAAUCUUCUAUCUAGAUCAACGGUCACCACACGUGGGCAGACAGGGGAAGGGAAAGAGGGAGAGAAUAUUAUCCAAGCUUACUAGAAGCCUUCUCCUUGUAUAAUCAUGGAGGUCCCGGCUAAACUCUCAAAAUUGAUAUAUGAGUUGUCCCAGAUUUUUUCGGAAUCAGGGCCAAAAUAUCUCUCAGCAAACACCCGGCUUCUUCCCUAACUACCAUAAGCCUGGACAAGGUAGGCCGGCCUCUAACUUUUCUUUCUACCACAUGGCAGUAGAGUGCAGUUUUAAGUUUCUUGUACUAAUUUUCCAAAUCAAUAUAAAAGAGCUGGAAAAUAUUCAAACCUAAGCAUAAGACCUUAAAGUAAAAUGGCAUGACCGGAAAACUAACCAAAUGAAUUUGGGGAUAAGCAAAAAAUGAAAAUCACACAAGGAAGCUUGUAUUUUCUCCGUUUUUACCUCUUUAAACCACGAGCAAGAUGAGGACAUGGUCAAAAUAGCACAUCUUACUCAUCUUGGAGACUAGGAAUGCCCAAAUGUAUUCUAGGAUGUGCUCCCAUCUAGUCUGGGAGUUUUUAGUGGCUCGUUUGGUAGCUUGUAUUUGAUAACUUGGCAUCCAAAUGAUAGUUACCGUGGAAUUGGUGUGAA